AACCUCAAAACUUCCUUUCUGUCAAAUCGCCAUUGCGUGUUUGGUUUAUUUUCCUCCAAAGUGCGAAAGAAAAUCGCCCAAAAGGUAACCUACAAUGGAGAACGACGCUGGAGAUUUUGUUGACUUGUACUGCCCACGAAAAUGCUCCGCCAGCAACCGCAUCAUCCAUGCCAAGGAUCAUGCUUCCAUUCAGAUCAAUCUGGUCGAUGUGGAUCCCAAGACUGGAAGGAUGCUGGAUACAUCCAAGACAUACGCCAUCUGCGGAGCAAUUAGGAGAAUGGGUGAAUCAGAUGAUUGUAUUGCUCGAUUGGCCAAGAAGGAUGGUAUCCUGUCCAAGACCUAUUAAGAUUUACUGCUCUGGGAAAACUGUCUAGGUAUUUCUAAAUGCAAUAAAUCUCUUCAAAAAUUCAAAUAA